GCCGCAGACAUCUUGGCCUUGAAUACGAAGCAGAAGAGAAGGAUUUACGACAUCCUGAACGUCCUGGAAGGUAUCGGGCUGAUCCAGAAGAAGAGCAAGAACCUCAUCCAGUGGAGGGGGGUCAAUAAAGGGAACCCGUCUCCACAGUUGCUGCAUGAGUUGGAGACUUUAAGAAGCCAGAUCUGCGAGCUGGACGCUCAGGAGCAGGAGCUGGACAAGCAGAUGGCCGCGCUGCAAGAGAGCAUCGAGCGCUCCAGACAGUGCCCCCUCAACAAGUCAUAUCCUUUGUUUCCACCUUCACAACCGCUUCCUGAUCGAACUCUGUAGAGGGACCAGAAGUCGUCAUGUAGCUGGGUUAUCGUGUCCGUUUCCUCAACACCCCCCUCACCUGCGGCUUCGUGACGCACGAGGACAUCUGCAACGCGUACAGCCCGGACACCGUCCUCACCAUCCAGGCUCCCCAAGGCAUGCAGCUGCUGGCGUUCUUCAACACGUCGGAGGGCGAUCCCAGGAAGUUCCAGAUGAAGCUGCGCAGCCUGUCGGCUCCCAUCCACGUCAAGCUGCUCAGCACCGACUCGGAGCGCCAGCUCCACGUGGUGCUGCCCGUCCCCCCGGUCCCGCCCGCCCCGCUCAGCCCACCCGUCCCCGCCUCCGCCUCCAUCACCGACGACAGCAGCCAGGACUCCCCCUGGUCCUCGCAGCAGGUGGCGCUGUCCGACGGCGACGAGCUGCCCGCGCUCUCGCCUUCCGAUGUGCUGCUGGCCGUGCUGGAGAACCAGCAGCAGAAGGACCUGGACUCGUCCGAGCUGCAGCCCCUGCUGAGGCUCGGCGCGGCCGCAGCGCAGACGGACCACGAGUACGCUGUGGCGCUGAAGAAUGAAUUCUUGUCUACUGACGAUGCAGACUACAGCUACAACCUGGACGGCAGGGAGGAACUCUUCGACCUGUUUAACAUGCAGCUCCUCCAUUACUGAGAGCCGCCGUCAGCUCUCCUCAAGCCGACCCCACGCCGACGUGCCUCAGUGGAAACCAAUCAGAAGCCAGUCCUUUCAUUUCCUGCCGCACUGUGUCCAUCUUCCCCACAUCCAGCGGAAAUGACCGUUACCUGAAACUGUUCUGAGUUUGUUUCACAUUCUGACCCGGAUGGGAAAAAUUCAGUAUUGUCUCCUUAAAACAGUGUUGAUGGUGGAGUUCAGGGUUUACUAGUUUUCCCAGCCAGUUUUAAAAAGUGACCGUUUGCUUGUUGUUUAAAUUGUUGUUGAACUGCCAGUUUUGGCCUGAAAGCGUGACUGGACUUGUUUUUAAUUUAAGUUUAUAUUUCAGUAAGUUUUAUGUUUGACUUAAUUUAAGAGAAAGUGAACCUCGUUUGUUGAAGCUGAAGCUUGUUGACUGCCUUAAACUUUAACCGUUUAAUUGAGUUUGCCAUAUUUGUGA